AAGUAGUAGGUACUUAUGUCAUCAGUCAAUAAAAGCGGACUCGAAGCUCUUCAGAGCACAGUCGACUCCGAGAUCUAGAGAGCCAACAUGUUCCUGAGCAAAGCAUCCGUUGUUCUCCUCGUCGCCUUCUUUGGGACCCCAUGGUUUACGGGAGAUGGAGGUGUUUCUGCGAGUCCGUCGCCACAAGUACCAGCAGCGGCACCGCCAGCUGCGGCCGCUAACAACCCACCUCAACAACCACCCGUGGCUAACCCACAGCAACAACCCGUGGCUAACCCACAGCAACAACCCGUGGCUAACCCACAGCAACCCGUGGCUUACCCACAGCAACCAGUAGUUUACGCACAGCCACCACCAGUGGCUUACCCACAGCAACAACCCGUGGCUUACCCACAGCAACCAGCAGUUUACCCACAGCAACAACCAGUGGCUUACCCACAGCAACCACAAGUGGUUUACCAACAGCCACCACAAGUGGUUUACGCCCAGCCACCCGCCCCGCCUGCCGCGCCAGCUAAACCUGGUUUUCUAAGUGUGUGGGAUGGCAUCCACAGUUGGAAACAAGGUGCCGUCCAAGGCAUUUUGGGGCUAAACCCUGUGACAGGUUGACAUGUUUUUAAAUGAAGAGUAAAAAUAUUACUCAAUAAAUAUUUAAUUUACAAA